AUGGGAAAAACUAAAAACUUUACUUCUAAGUCAGAGUUUCAAGUGUCUGAAUUCAUCCUGAUGGGAUUCCCUGGCAUUCACCAGUGGCAGGACUGGCUCUCCUUACCGAUGGCUCUGCUCUACCUCUUAGCUCUUGGUGCUAAUCUCCUUAUCUUAAUCACCAUCUCCCAUGAGCCUGCCCUGCACCAGCCCAUGUAUCAGUUCCUUGCUGUCUUGGCUGUAGUAGACAUUGGCUUGGCUACUACCAGCAUGCCCAAGAUUCUGGCCAUCCUGUGGUUUGAUGCUAAAACCAUCAGCCUACCCCACUGUUUCACUCAAAUCUAUGCCAUCAACUUUUUCAUGUUCAUGGAGUCAGGCAUCUUCCUCUGCAUGGCAGUGGAUAGAUACAUAGCCAUAUGUUAUCCCCUUCAGUAUCCCUUCAUAGUCACUGAUGCUUUUGUAAUCAAAUCUACAGUGUCUGUGGUCCUCAGGAAUGGCCUGUUAAUCAUCCCAGUGCCUAUCCUGGCCGCCCAGAGACACUAUUGCUCCAGAAAUGAAAUUGAUCACUGUCUGUGCUCUAAUUUGGGUGUCACCAGUCUGGCCUGUGAUAACAUCAUCAUUAACAAGCUCUAUCAAUUGGUGUUGGCCUGGUUCGUGGCUGGGUGUGACAUGAUUUUGGUCUUUGCUUCCUAUGCUUUGAUUAUUCAUUCAGUGCUGAGGCUGAACUCUGCUGAAGCAAUAUCUAAAGCCAUGAGUACCUGCAGCCCCCACCUUAUCCUCAUUCUCUUCUUCUACACAGCUAUUAUUUUACUAUCUGUCACUCACCUGGCAGGAAGAAAGAUCCCUCUCAUCCCUGUUCUCCUCAAUGUGCUGCAUACAGUCAUCCCUCCAUCCCUUAACCCCAUGGUAUAUGCCCUUAGGAUUCAGGAACUGAAAGCAGGUAUCUAUAAAGUGCUUGGUUUGGGUGAGUAUGUGUCCAGGAAGUAA